AUGAUAGUAAAGAUGAACGUGAACAAGCAUUACUUGAUACAAGCACAAUUUUGGCGUGUUUGUGAAAUAAUUUAUGCUGAAACAAAUGAAUAUGAUCUUAUUCUUGAAUGUUAUUUAAAUGAUCGACGUCGACGAUCAGAAUUAUUUCACUAUAUAAGAACAUUAUGGCCAGCACUUGAUGAACGUGAACGUAAUAAAUUUCAUAUGAAAAUAAUGGAGAAUUUUAUUCAAAUAAUUGAAACAGAUUCAUUUAAAGCAUUUAAAUUAUUUUGUAUUUUUUUUCAAAUGGAUUUAGGAAAAGUAUUAAAAUUAAUUGGAAAAAAUGAAAUAGCACAAUAUGGAAUUUUAAAAAGUUGUUUUGCAUAUUCAGAUGAUACGAAAUCUUCAUCUUCGUCAUCUUCUACAACAUCAUCAGCAAUAAUUCAUAUUGAUCCAUCACAUUAUUUACAUUAUAUUGAUUUAGUUGUACGAUAUGAACCAUCACAAUUAUUAUCAUUUCUUAAAAAUAAAUCUGAAUAUUAUCGUGAACAAGAUGUUCUUGAUAUAAUACGAAAAUAUCAAACACCAUUAUUAAUACCAUCGAUUGCAUAUUUACUUGAACGUCUUGGUCAAUAUACUGAAACAUUUGAUCUUUUAUUAGAAUCAAUGCAUGAAUGGAAAACAAUUGAACAAUUAUAUCAAAUGGCAUUAGAUUGUAUUCAUUUUUGUCAACGUACAACAAUUAAAUUAAAAGAUAAAAAAGAACGUGAAGAUUUAUGGUUAAAAUUUCUUCAAAAAAUUCUAGAAAUAUCAUCGAAAUCAUUUGAUUGUGAACAUUCUGGUGCAUUUCGUCGUAUAUAUGGUGAAAUAUUAAACAGUAUGAUUGGUUAUGUUACAUUACCAUCCAUACUUGAACUUAUUAUGGGUACAGAUGCUGCUGAUAUAACAAAAGGUACACGAAAAAGAUCUGAUACAAAUACACGUAGUACAUUUGAAAUCCGUCAAUUAAUACAAUCCAUGUUAGAAAAUUGUUCAUUUGAAUUAUGUUUACUUGAAACAACACGACGUUUAUUACAACGUGAUUUAAAUGAUGAUAUAAAACAUAUGUGUACAAUUAUGAAUCGUAGUGUACCAAUACGUUUAAAUCAAUGUACAUAUUGUCAAAAAUUACUUCAACAACAACAAGAUAUUGAUAAAAAACAAGAACAAAAAAAUAAAUUUAUUAUAUUUGCUUGUCGACAUGUUUUUCAUUUAUGUUGUUUAAUGGAAAUUCAAACAGAACAAUCAAAUAAUAAUUUUUGUCCACAAUGUACAACAAGACAAUCAUCAACAACGACAACAACAGCAACAACAACAACAUCAUCAUUUGUACGACCAGAAAUGAGACGAUUAACAUCAAUACAUUCGGAUCAUAAUGAAAAACAAAUUGCUUUAAAUAAUAUUCAACAACAAGUUAUGACAGCAAUGCUUGAAAGAAAACGUUUAAAUGCUCAUCAUUUAAAUAUAGACGAUGAUGAUGAAAGAAUUCAAAGAUCUAUUAAUGAACCAUAUUCAACAUCAACAUCAUUACAAUUACCAGACAAAUGGAGAGAAUAUCUUUCAUCAUCAGAAUAA